AUGAAGUUGCGAACACGAAUUUGCAAGAAAAACUCAAAUGCUUCUGAGAAAAACAGCACAGAAAAUACAACUUAUCCACUGAGCUGCGUGGAUUGGAGCAGCAAUGAGGAGGUAUAUUAUGUGAGUGAUGACCAUCAAAUUUUUAAAUGGAGCGAGGUGAACCGCGAUUCGGUUGAGGUGGCCAAACUGCCCGAUGACUUUGUGCCCACGGACCUGCACUGGCUUUUGUUGGGCGGCAGAAGCAGUGGCGGUGGCAAGGGUAGCGACUCCCUGCUAAUCUGCAGUAAUGAUGGCCGUUUCGUGAUCCUAAACAAAAGUGCUCGAGUGGAGAGAAGCAUUUCCGCCCAUACAGCAGCCAUUUCCUCUGGACGCUGGAGUCCCGAUGCUGCGGGACUUCUGACUGCCGGAGAGGAUGGUGUGAUUAAGAUCUGGUCAAGAUCGGGAAUGUUGCGAUCUACGAUAGUGCAGAAUGAGGAGGCCAUUCGCUGCGCUCGCUGGGCACCCAAUUCCACCUCCAUUGUAUUUUGCCAGGGUGGACACAUCUCCAUCAAGCCACUGGCGGCCAAUAGUAAACUCAUAAGGUGGCGCGCCCAUGAUGGCCUGGUGCUUUCGCUCAGCUGGUCAUCUCAAUCCAAUAUCAUAGCCUCUGGAGGCGAGGAUUUUCGGUAUAAGAUUUGGGAUGCCCAGGGAGCUAAUCUGUUCACCAGUGCCGCAGAAUAUUAUGCCAUCACGAGUGUGGCCUUUAAUCCCGAGAAGGAUUACCUGCUAGUGGGCACUUUUAAUAUGCUCAGAUUGUGCCACAGCAAUGGGUGGUCCUAUAGCAGCGCACGCUUCUCCGAACCAAGAGUAGGAUCCUUCUUUAACCUAUCCUGGUCAGCUGAUGGUACUCAAGUGGCAUGUGGCUCGUCCAUGGGUGAACUGGUUCUAGCCUAUGUCAUAGAACAGAAGCUAAUAUCUAAGAACCUCAAGGCUAUCAGCAAAACUCGGAAAUCGAUUGUCUUGAAGGAUAUUGCCACAGGCACUCAAGAUAUCUUGGACUUUCCGCAGAGAGUGGUUAAUUUUGCUCUAGGAUACGGACAUCUGGUGGUGGCCACCACCCAUCAAGUUCAUAUUUAUAAUGAGAAGUAUAUAAACACGCCGAUCAUUAUUGAUGGGAGGAAUGAUACUAGAGUUAUUGAAGUGGGCAAAAAGUACUUUAUGAUCUUGGAUGCCUCCUCGAUAUGGGUAUACACUUUCACUGGGCGAUUGCACCUGAAUCCGCGUUAUCCUGGCUCCCAGGCGCAGAUUCCCUUGCUCACCUGGCGUUCUAUGUCUUUGGGCCUCGAUGUUCUUGCCAUAAGGGAUAACUCCGAUCCUACUUCACUUCACUUAUUCGAUCUGAUCCCUGGUGCCUCCAGGCAAUACGAUCCUCAUUUGGUAAAAGCCAAACAGGCAAUAACGGAAAUUGCAGCCUGUCGAGCUGGAACUCCAGAAGAUCAGUUUGUGGCCUUUAUAGAUUCCAAUCGGGAGCUGUUUGUUAGUGGAAGCCGAAAUCUGAAUGGUGAACGUACGGAUGAGGUAUACAAGAUUGGCACCCAACUCACUUCGAUUAUGUGGGCCAGCGAGACGAACAUCCUUGUAGGAGUUCACGACUCCUGCUACAGUAUCUGGUAUUGUCCUGGUGAGGGAGCAGCCGAUCCUACGAUUAUUGCCCUGACUACUAUUACAUUGGAUACGGCGGAAUUUGGGAAGCACAUUUCCAUCGACAGUUUUGAGGAUGCAGUGGUAACAUUCCGCAGCGCCGGCGCCCUGCUCCCUGUCAAUGUCAACAUGUACUGCGAGAUCCUGCAUCGCGCUCUUCUUGAGGGUCAGUGGCAGCAGGCUCUGAAGAUAUGCCGAGUGGGCCAACAUGCAAGUUUAUGGGCCACUUUGGCAGCGGUGGCCACCAGGAAGCAUCAGUUACAAAUUAGCGAGGAAGCCUACUCAGCAGCCCUGCAAAUCGACAAGGUGAGCUACCUGCAACACCUGAAGACCCUGACGCCCUCAAGUGCCGAGCAAAUGGCCGAGAAUUCCCUGAUGCUGGGCAGGAUGCUGGAGGCGGAGACUAUCUUACUACAUGGUAAGAAAAUAGAGCAAGCUGUGGGUCUAUCCCUGCGUAUGCACAACUGGCGGAGAGCCCUGGAAAUCUCCCAGAAAUACAAGGCGGAAGAACCGAACUUGAUGCCGCGUGUUCUCGAAGAGAGGAGCAAGUAUCUGAAGGCCCUGCAGAGGGAAGAGUGGGAUCCACUGUACCUUCCUUUUGUUAUCAAGGAAGAGGCUGAUAAUAUAAGUGAAUAAUGAUAACUCUUUAUCUUAUGUCUUUA